GUGUGUGUGUGUGUGUGUGUGUGUGUGUGUGUGUGUGUGUGUGUGUUGCUAGGAGUACCGCAGCACCGUGAUGGGGGCACAGGCUGGGGUGACGCUGGCGAGGUGGCGUCACGCGGGUGGUAACAUGUGUGACGGGGAGUGUGGGGGGCCGAGGGGGCGGCAGCUGGGCCUCCCUCAGCCCUCAUUAACAAAGGCAGGUCAGCUCGUGCCCGCCUGCUGGUUGGGGCACGUGCUGUCUGUCUGUCUGUCUGUGUGGCUGUGUCUUUUUGUCUCUAUAUGGGACUGACUCCUCAUCUUGUCUCGCGGGAGAAAUCACAACCCAUUUACGACUAAAUUUUAUGGCGUUUUUCUGUCCCCAAAGAGUGGUGUUGUUAUGAGGCACAAAGCGUCUUUAUUUGGCGAGUUUAAAGCGGCAGGUGGUGGUUGUGACUGCCCUGCUUGCGGAUUUAAAUCAGUGUUGUGCUGGAGGGUUUCGGUGUGUGGUGGGCAGAGGGGAGCUGGGGGCACGCGCAGCUGCCACGGGUCGCCACCUGCCCCAACGUUCAAAUGUGGCGCCCCGCCCGAGCACGCGCGACCAUUGGCCUAACUCGGUGACGUCACGACCAAGAAGCACGACAUUGGCCAGGAUUAUGACGUCAGAGCGAGGCAGCCCUGCCAUUGGCGGCGCGUGCAGGCUGGCGCGUGCCAUGUGCACCCGAGGCUACAUAAGGCCCCGAAACCUUGGCACGUGCGUAAUAGUGCAUCAAUCUCGGCGCGGCGCCCCUGACAUCCCUGCGGCACGCCCUUCGUCGUCCCGCUGCCUACCAUGACGCCCACCGGGAAGGAACAGAUAGCGAGGCCGCCCAAGAAGCGGCCCCUGGCACUCUUCAACUACCUGCUUGACGCCCCCAGAGGUGUCGAGGAUGACGAGAACCUGCAGCCGCAGGACCUCAGCAUGAAGAGCAGGAGGCCCCCCUCACCGCCGCCUCGCCCUGCCACGCCCUCCUCCAUGCCUGCCCCCUCAUUGCUAACUCCAACGCCCUUACUCCCUGCUGUCUCUGCCGCUGCCCUCACACCGCGCCGCCCUGCCGUCACCACCCUGCUGGGGCUAGUGGGCAGCGGCCUCGGCAUGUCCCCUGUUCACCCCCAUGCCACGAUCAGCAGCAAUGCACCAGAGGGCAGCAGCACCCCAGCUUACAGCAGCAGCAGCAGCAGCAGCAGUAGCAGUAUCAGCAGUAGCAGCAGCAGCAGCGGGGCCAGCACAAGCAGCAGCAACAGUUUCACCUCCAGCAGCAGCAGCGGCAGCACCAGCAGCUUCAUGAGCAGCGCUGGUCUGCGUCUCAUCAGUGAGGUGGCGGCGGCCUGCGGGCGACCAACCGUGCUGCGGACACCGGGAAGCACCUCGGGCGCCCACACCAGUCCCUACGCCCCACCCACGCCCAGAGACCCACUGCGUCAUGUGCUGCGGGAACGCGGCGUCGGCGUCCGUUCGUGGCACUACCAUCCCUACCUGCCCCUGGGCGUGUACGGGCUGCCGUCGCCGCUCCAGGCUGCCCAGACCCCUGCUUCAGCCCGCAACGACUCCGCCACCCCUGCGGCACGCGCCCGAGGCGGGUCCGUGUCGCCGCCGGGAGAGGCGGGAUCCAGCAGCAGCGAAAGCAGCCCCGAGGCGCAGCAGGAGGGGCGCGGGCCGCGCCUCACUUGCCCAGACUGCGGGCGCCGCUACGCAACCAUGGCCGGCCUCGCCAAGCACAGACAGUUCCACUGCCUCAAGGACGCUGGGCGGUCGUUCGCGUGCAAGCACUGCGAGAAGGUGUACACGAGCCUGGGCGCCCUCAAGAUGCACAUCCGCACGCACACGCUGCCCUGCAAGUGUCAGCUGUGCGGAAAGGCUUUCUCGCGGCCCUGGCUGCUGCAGGGACACAUCAGGACCCACACGGGGGAGAAGCCCUUCCAGUGUCCGCAGUGUGACCGCUGCUUCGCGGACCGCAGCAACCUGCGGGCACACCUCCAGACCCACACGGAUGUCAAGAAGUACGCGUGCAGGUCCUGUCCCAAGACGUUCUCACGCAUGUCACUGCUGGUGAAGCACGAGGACCACGGGUGCCCGGGGGUGCGGCCUGCCCGUCCCAUGGCCCUGGCCCCCGGCCCUACCCUGCCCCUCUGACUUCACAGUGCUCACGCAAGCUUCCCAGUGCUCAACACGCUGAAGGGAGCAUCAAGCCCCUCAGCCACAGGGCGUCACCGGUGCACGUGAGCCUGCGGGCCACGCGCCAGUCUAGUCAAGCCACACCUCAGGCCUCCCAGAGGCCAUAGUCGGUCAGCAUCCUUCAAGGACACAUCCUGGCUACCAGGUUUUGCAAACAAAACAAUCACCAGUAACUACAUGACAUCCAUUCUUAGUUGGUGAUGAACACUUUGUGUCGGACUAAAGCUCUGCCACCAAGUCGACUCCCGUUCGCCAGGCUGUGAAGGCUGUAUACGUUAGAGUCAAGUCUGAGCCGCGGUGCACAAAGGCGGCUGGGAAAUUGGCGAAGGUGUGCCUGUGUGAGCGUGGGGCGCGGCCAGGUGUGUCCUGGGAGGCUGACAACUCUCAACAGCUUUACCUGAGACCAGCAACCACCGCGGGUCUCCCCAACGUACCUGCAUACCACCAGCCCCACCCAUUGUCCUCCUGCCGGGGGGAGGCGGAGGACGGGAAGAAAGGAAGACCGGCGUGAGAGUGGAGGCUGAGAACGAGGGGAGAGGGUGAGAGCGAGGCGAGGAUACGUGAGAGGAAGGGUUGGGAAUGUCGCGAGGAGGAUGAAAGCAGAGAUGAAAUGCCAAUGAAGGAAUUAUCCGAGGGUGUGAGAGAGGCUGGAGUCUUAAUGUGUGAUAAUCCAGAGAGAGAGAGAGAGAGAGAGAGAGAGAGAGAGAGAGAGAGAGAGAGAGAGAGAGAGAGAAGGCACGCUCACCACCUCAUCACCCUCACCACGCCUCACUCGCCGGUCUGCUGCAAUCCAAACGCUUCUCGCACUGUCGACGCAAUGACUGGGAAUGACUCAAGACAAUACUCAAGAGAUGCUUCAUUGUACUGUCCGCUGCCUCGCCUUCUUCCUCCUUCUGUGUGUGUCUGUCUCCUGAGUGUUAUCCUGACGCGUGUCUCUUACCUGACCCUCCCUCCCGGUGCCCCUGGAGUGGAGGAGCAGACACCGCAGGACCAGUGCCAAAAUAGAGCCAAUUAUUCGCUGUGCCUUCACGACUUCUGUCUUCCUGUGUUAUAGAGGCAUAUAUGAUUUAUUGUGGAGAAUCUCAUUAUGUAUAUGACAAAAAGUAUAUCUAUAUUUUAUACUUUUAUACACAAAAUAAAGUUAGAUCAAU